GGCUCGGCGCCGAGGCGGCGCGAUGGAGCUGGAGGAGGCGGAAGAGUUUAAAGAACGCUGUUCUCAAUGUGCUGCUGUCUCUUGGGGUCUUACUGAUGAAGGCAAAUAUUAUUGCACUUCUUGUCACAAUGUUACAGAAAGAUCUAAGGAAGUCAUAAACACUGAUGCUAUUCCUAAUGCCAAGAUAAAAACCAUCAACAGGGGGCUUAAAAGAAAAAGAAAGCAUGAAAAAGGCUGGGAUUGGUAUGUGUGUGAAGGUUUUCAGUACAUACUUUACCAACAAGCAGAAGCCCUAAAGGCCCUUGGAGUGGGCCCUGAGUUAAAGAAUGAAGUUUUACAUAAUUUUUGGAAGCGCUACCUUCAGAAGAGCAAGCAGGCAUAUUGUAAAAACCCAAUAUAUACCAGUGGAAGGAAAGCUAAGGUUUUGGAAGAUGACCUAAGUCAGUCGGACUGGGCUAGUGAGCCUGAGUUGCUGAGUGAUGUUAGCCAUCUAUCUUUUGUUGAAAGUGGAGCAGAGUCUCAGCCUGAUGCCCAAACUCAAAAGCCUUUCCCCAUUACCAAAGCAUCACAACCAGAAUCAGCAUCUGUCUGUUCUGGAUCUCUUGACGGAGUUGAAUAUUCAGAACGAAAGGAAAAAGGAGUUGUGAAGAUGACUGUGCCGAGGACACUUGCUUUCUGCUAUCUGUCCUUACUUUGGCAGAGAGAAACAAUUACUCUUUCUGAUCUUCUGAGAUUUGUUGAAGAGGGCCAUAUUCCCUACAUAAAUGCAUUCCAGCAUUUUCCAGAAGAGAUGAAAUUAUAUGGGCGUGACAAAGGAAUUUUUGCUAUAGAGUCUUGGCCUGACUAUGAGGAUAUCUAUAAAAAUGUGAUUGAAGUUGCCACAUUUUUAGAUUUGCCUCGUUUUCCAGACAUAACUGAAGCCUGCUACCUUCAUCCCAAUGUCCUGAGUAUGAAAUACCUAAUGGAAGUGAAUCUCCCUGAUGAAAUGCAUGGAUUAACCUGCCAAGUGGUAAAAAUGACUGGAAUAGGAGAAGUAGAUUUCCUAACAUUUGAUCCCAUAGCUAAAAUGGCAAAAGCUGUUAAAUAUGACAUACAAGCUGUAGCUGUCAUUGUGGUUGUAUUGAAACUGCUCUUUUUAUUGGAUGACAAUUUAGAAUGGUCUUUGUCUGAUCUUGCUGAAAUACAUAAUGAAGAGAACAAGCAAGAUAAGCCAUGGUUUGAGUUCAGAAAGUGGUAUCAAGUCAUGAAGAAAGCCAUUGAUGAGAAAAGACAAAAAUGGGUGGAAACAAGAGCAAAGUACAUGUGGAAAAGUGAAAAACCACUCUACUACUCACACAUCGACAGACCAGUAGUAUAUAAAAGAAGAGAAAUGGUGGUAAAUCUGCAAAAGCAAUUUAGUGCACUGGUUGAUUCAACACCAACUAUUGAAAAAAAAAGCCCUUCAAGUUUUCAGUUCAACUGGGCUAAAGAAGAUGCUGAUAGAACUUGUUUCCAUGGACAUAGCCUCCAGGGAAUCCUGAUAAAGAAAGGCCAGUCGCUGAUGACCAAGAAUUCAUUAUACUGGCUUAGUACCCAGAAAUUCUGUAGAAGCUACUGUAAACAUGUGACAACCUAUGAAGAAUCAAAUUUUUCUCUGAGUUAUCAGUUUAUACUCAAUCUCUUCUCCUUCUUGCUGAGAGUAAAGACAUCUCUUCUCCAUGAAGAAGUGAGCUUAAUUGAAAAGAAACUUUUUAAAAAAAAAUAUAGUGAAACAAAACAGAAAUUUUCAAGAUCCAGGAAAGUAAGAAGACAUUGAAAAAAUGAAAUAGAAACUUUCUUGGAAAAAUACUUCUAACAGUGAAGUAAUGUCAAAUUGUAACAUAACAUAUAACAUUCUAGGGUAUUAUGAAAAAUAUUACUGAGCAUGCGCGUGUGCACACAUACGCACAUCAAUUGUGUAUAAAAAUAUGUAUUGUAAAACAGGCGAAGGGCUGGGGAGAGCACUUGCCCAACAUGCACAAGACCCUGGUUCUUUGAGAAAUUUAAAACAAUAAAUUAUAUAAAUGGUA